UGCUUUUUUGUUUUUCUUUUUGACGUAGUGAUUCGACAUCCCCACAUUCCACAUCCAUGACGACAACCAAGAGCUUUACUUCUUCGCCACACAUGGACCAAGCACUUUCAGGGUUUGGUGCAGGCUUGGUAUCGACGAUCAUCCUUCAUCCUUUAGAUCUUAUCAAAAUUCGAUUCCAGGUGGACGCAGCGAAACGGUCAGAGAAACGACCUUUGAUCGGCGGGACGAUCAAAUCAUUUCGAGAUAUCAUUCAGAAGGAAGGCACUUUCCGUGGACUGUAUCGAGGCGUCACGCCUAAUAUUGCGGGAGCCACGGCGAGUUGGGGGUUUUAUUUCUGGUGGUACAGUCUUAUCAAAAAGUACAUGAAGAAAGACGAUCAGGGAAAAUUGGCGGCAUGGCAGCACUUGGUGGCAUCGGCCGAAGCAGGUGCUGUGACGGCGAUGAUGACGAAUCCGUUGUGGGUCAUCAAGACCCGCAUGUGCACGACAACGUACAAUACUCCGGAUGCGUACCGUGGCUUAUGGGAUGGUCUGACUCGACUGGCUCGAGAAGAAGGUAUCCGAGGCUUAUACAGGGGCAUGGUCCCAGCGCUGUUUGGCGUGUCGCAUGGAGCAAUACAGUUUAUGGCAUAUGAGGAAAUGAAGAAUUGGCGAAAUGAUCUUCGAAAAAAGGAAGGAGCAUCGCCUGAGCAUGAGAUGGAUGCUCGAUUAAGCACCACCGAGUAUCUUGUAAUGGCCGCUUCGUCCAAAGUGACGGCAACAGUGGCCACUUACCCGUAUCAAGUAUUGAGAAGUCGACUACAAAACCGGGAAACGAGGGAUGCAUAUGAAGGAGUGAUGGACUGUAUUCGCAAGAUUCGUGCCGCCGAAGGAUAUGUAGGAUUUUACAAGGGACUGGCACCCAACAUCAUGCGUGUCCUGCCGGGGACGUGCAUUACCUUUUUGGUUUACGAGAAUCUCAGCCAAUGGUUCAAAAAUCACGCCUCAUAAUCCAACUCACCAGCGCAUACAAAUCGAGAUUGACGGAACAAAACAAAACUUAACUAAACCCUCGAUGCAUCCACAAGUUGUAUAUCCAUAGAAAAAACCCUCCAUCCUGUAUAUCAUCUACCCAUACAUCUUAAAUAGUUGUGGCUCCCCAGUUAGAAACGAAGAGGGGACUUACGGCAAGAGGAAUAUUUGUCUCACUCCAAUUACUAGAUUGAACACCAGAAAGAAAUGCACGGAAACAACGCAAACCCCCUUAUUGUAAAGCUUAAACUUAAUGAGCAUCAUACGUGACCAAAAAAAGAAAAUGG